UAUGUUAUCUGCCAGAGAUUAACUUAGCUUUUCAAGAAAAACUAUAAAACACUAUUCAAUAGCUUCUUAAAAACCUAUUAGAUAUGCCACUUAAUAUUAUGGUGAUAAUGAACUUUCUUCUUCUAUUUUUAAUUCUGAUUAUGAAUUAAUAAGAACAAAAGAAAAGUAUAAAUAAAAGUGUGAGGAAAUAGAUAUGAAGAAAAACUAACUACAUUCUAAUCAUCUAGAUCUGGAAUUAAGAGCUGAGGUAUCAUAUACUUUGGUAAAUAGAAACUAAGGUAGGGAGAGAAUGAAAUUAAAUAUAUGGCUGAACUUCUUAAAAAGAAGAUUGAAUAAAUUAAAAGACAAGAAUAAUAAAUUAAGGAAAAUCAAAUUACAUUUGUUGAUAAAUUCAAAGAUAAGGAAUAAUCAAUAAUAGAAUAAUAAAAAUUAAUCUAAGAAAAGCAAGAUUAAUUAAAUAUAAGAGAAUAAUAAUUAAUUAUUCGUGAACAAUCUCUUAAAGAGAAAGAAUGCCUUGUAUAAUAAUAAAUUAAUUACUAUACCUAAUUUAAUGAACGUCUAAAAAUCAAUUUAGAAGAGCUUAGUAAAAAGGAAUGUAUUUUUAUUAUCAAUUAAAUUUAGAAUUUUACAUUCAAUAAAUUAGUAAAAUGAAUUCAGCAAUUGAAACUUUAUUAUACCAUGAGAAUCAUAUUAGAGAUUUAGAAUUUAAAUUAACUCAAUAAAUAUAAGGAUUAAAAGAUUUUGAUAACUAAAUUAGGUAAAACUAAAUAUAUAUAUAAGAAUUUAGGUUUAAAAUUGUAAAUAAUAAGAAGAAUUAAUAGAUUAAUAAGAAUAAGGAAUUUUAAAGAGUUAAGAUUUGAUUAAUCGCAAAUUACUUUGGGAUUAAAAAAAUAUCACUAAAUAACAUCUAUAAUAAAUCUCAAAUUAUAUGAGUGACUAAAAUUACUUUUGA